AUUAAAGUUAAAAUUUUAACGGAAAAGAUGUAAACAAAAGGAUUGUCUCCCUUGUCCGAUCACAGUUAUUGCAGUUUAAAAGAUUAAUAUCAAAGCAAACGUGUUAUUUUCGGUUCAGAUUUGCUUGAUUAAAGACCUUUACAAUAUUUAUCUGGCAAUCACCUGCCGUAAACUAUCAUCGGCCAGUUUGCUGAGAUAUUUUUCACACCUUGAUCAGAAAUUAAAUUCGGAUUACCUCGGGCAAUUCAUUGCUCAAGAACGACAAUCAAGAUACAGAAAUACCUGUUAAAACACGAGCGGGUACUUCUGUUAUAAAUAUUUAAAGAUUAUCUGUUAACUUUAUAGUGCCAGUUUCUAGAAAUAUUUGAAAGGAUGAGUACUAUGUGUAUGUCAUAUGCUAUGGAGGUGGAAGAUUUGAUGUUUGAAGAGGAAGAUUUAGCAACAUCAAGCUCAAGUAUAUCAGACACUAAAUUUGAUCUAGUCAUUGGUCACAUAGAAGAUAUUAUCAUGGAAGAUGAGUUUCAAACAAUGCAGCAUGAUUUCUUAGAAAAAUAUUACAAUGAGUUUGAUGAUACGGAAGAAAAUAAGUUUAUAUAUACAGACAUUCAUAGAGAAUAUGUAAGUUUAGUAGAACAUUAUUUAGAAGAGGAAUUAGCUAAACGAUUGCCAGGUUUUUGUAUGAAUGAAUUCUCCAAACAGAUUUUGGAAAGAAAAGAUGAAUUGGAUGGGGAAAUAUUUGAAAUGUUGCUUACCUUUAGUGAUUUUAUGACUUUCAAAGAAAUGUUCCUAGAUUUCAAAGCUGAGAAAGAGGGAAGGACUGUAGAUUUUAGUGCUGGUAUAACUGUAACAAACUUGGGUGCUGAUCUGUGUUUAGGCGCCUCGGGAUUCUCUCUCACUGGACAUUCUUUCAAUGGAAACGACCCAUCACAACAUUAACGUACCCCACCCACCUUGUGACACAUAGUGUAUUAAUCUAGUUGUUCAGAUACACGGGAUAUGUAAGGAAUGGACAACACUGAAAGUUAUAAUACCUCGUGCAUGAGCAUGGCAGUUUUAGAAGGCUUUAAACUUGUUAUAAAAUGUUUUUGAAAUUGUUCAUGAUUUACACAGUGCCGAUUAUACAUUUAGAUAAUUUAUAUCUUUAUAAAAAAUAUUUUAUCAGUUUUCUUCCAAAAAAAUUGUUCAAACUUUUUUCUUACAUGUUUGUAAAAUUAAGUGUUCAGUACAAGAAAAGUAUCUCUUUCUUUUUUUUUCAAGCAUGAUAGUGAAUAACAUGAUUGUUCUCUUUAGAUCUA